AUGAUUGAGUCUUCUACUCAGGACAAGUUCAAUGGCGAUAGCAAAAAGGUAGAUCAUGCUCUCAAGAUUCAUUUGACGCCAAGGGGAGUUAAGAGAAAAGCAGUGGAAGAGGAUGAGAAGAGGAGGAAGAAGAAAAAAGAAGAAGUCGUUGAAGCAUCAAAAGAUGAGCCUGAGCAGCCCAUCAACUCUCAUCAGAAUUCAGACGAUGAUGAUUGUUUUUUUACUUGCUUCAUUGAUUCACACCUACUAAGAUAUAGACAUAGAGGCCAUUAA